AUGUUUUACGAUCUAAAUGUCCCAUAUGCGGCAGAUGAUGCGCAAUUAUCCAAUACCUUGAGCUUUCUUGCCGAAGUGGCUCUCUCGCAAACCCUCUCCGGAAAAUUGCCCCCCAAUCUUGCGGCUCCCCAGCCUCCGACAAAUGCUCCCGAGUCACUCACGCUUUUGACGCGCCUCAACCUCAUUUUAUCCGAUCCAUCGCAGAGCUAUCGCAUGGCAAAUCUGAUACCGUUAUUUUCAAUUAUUGCGGUGCGUCCUACGAACGAGAAAAGCUUGUUGAAUGCUUGUACGAGUAUGGACUGCGACCUCAUAUCGUUGGAUCUUUCCGUCCGUCUUCCAUUUCACUUUAAGUUCAAGACCGUCUCGUCUGCCAUUUCUCGUGGAGUACGAUUUGAAAUAUGUUAUAGCCCUGGGAUUACUGGAAGCGGGAUGGAAGCCCGCAGAAACCUUAUUAGCAAUGCGAUGAGUCUCAUCAGAGCUACAAGAGGCCGCGGCAUCAUCAUAUCUAGCGAGGCGAAACGAGCAUUGGCCAUUCGUGCACCCAUGGACGUUGUUAAUCUUGCAUGUGUUUGGGGCCUACCUCAGGAGCGUGGGAAAGAGGCAGUCUGCGAAGAAGCUCGAAAGGUUGUUGCCCUAUCUAGCAUAAAGCGAACAAGCUGGCGAGGUGUUAUCGAUAUUGUCAAUGGCGGUGAAAGGCCACCUGCAAAGGUCAAUGAAAAGGCCCCGAAUAAGAAGACGGUACAAAACGUUACUUUACGGGAGAGCAAUGCAGAAAGCCUGAAGAGGAAGGCUUCCUUGGAAUCGACCCCUGAAGCCGACAAGCCACUGUCCAAACGAGAAAUGAAGCGCAGGGCUAAGAAAGCCCGCCUUGAAGCCAAUGCCCCGGCAUGA